UCCGCAAUGGUGCCCUCGCGAGCAGUGUGGCUAGCCUGGGUGCUGCUAGGAGUGGCAGGAGCAUGCCCAGAGCCUUGCGCUUGCGUGGACAAAUACGCGCACCAGUUCGCGGACUGCGCCUACAAGGAGCUUCGCGAGGUGCCCGAAGGGCUGCCGGCCAACGUGACUACGCUUAGUUUGUCAGCCAACAAGAUCACCGUGCUGCGGCGUGGGGCCUUCGCCGAUGUCACGCAGGUCACGUCGCUGUGGCUGGCGCAUAAUGAGGUGCGCACGGUGGAACGGGGCGCGCUGGCCGUGCUAAGCCUGCUCAAGAACCUUGACCUGAGCCACAACCUUAUAUCCAGCUUCCCUUGGAGCGACCUGCGUAACCUGAGCGCGCUGCAGCUGCUCAAAAUGAACCAUAACCGCUUGGGCUCGCUUCCACGGGACGCACUCGGUGCGCUGCCCGAUUUGCGCUCCCUGCGCAUCAACAACAAUCGGCUGCGCACACUGGCUCCUGGCACCUUCGAUGCUCUAAGCGCACUGUCACAUCUGCAACUCUAUCACAACCCCUUCCACUGCGGUUGCAGCCUUGUGUGGCUGCAGGCAUGGGCUGAGAGCACUAGAGUUUCGCUACCCGAGAUUGACUCCAUUGCGUGCGCCACGCCAACCGCGUUGAAGGGAGUUCCUGUGCAUCGCUUGCCGGUCUUGCCCUGUGCACCACCCAGUGUGCGUCUGAGUGCCGAGCCGCCUAUUGAGGUUACGGGUAGCCCCCUGCGCGCGGGCAUGGCGCUUAUGCUACACUGCGUCGCCGAAGGACACCCCACGCCCCGCCUGCAAUGGCAUCUUCAGAUCCCGGGUGGCACUGUAGUCUUAGAGUCGCCAGUCCUGAGCGGGGAGGACUAUGGGGCCGGGGUGGAAGACGAGGAGGAAGAAAGAGAUGGGGACGGGCAGACGCAGACAGAGGCCCCAAACCCGUCUCCCGCACCCGCUUGGCCCGCACCUCCAGCCACCCCACGCUUCUUGGCACUCACAAACGGCUCCUUGUUGGUGCCCCUCCUGAGUGCCAAGGAGACAGGCGUCUACACAUGCAGUGCCCACAACGAGUUGGGCGCCAACUCCACGUCAGUACGCGUGGUGGUGGCAGCUGCAGGUUCCCCGAAGCAUGCUCCCAGCUCCGGGGGAAACCCGGAUGUGGAGGCCCCGACCUCUGAGCGCAAGUCCAUAGCUAAAGGCCAGGGCAACAGCGUCUUACCCUCCAAGCCCGAGGGUAAAAUCAAAGGCCGAGGCCCAGCCCGGGGUAGCUUCCUUGGGGAGACGGAGGCGGAGCCGGAGGAGGAGGCUGACGAAGGAGAGGAGGAGGACGAUCAGGUAUCUGCGGACCCGGCGGAGGAGCAUCGCUGUGGCCACGGGGACCCCUCGAGAUACGUGUCCAAUCAUGCGUUCAACCAGAGCGCGGACCUUAAGCCACACGUCUUUGAGCUGGGCAUUAUCGCGCUGGACGUUGCGGAGCGCGAGGCACGGGUGCAGCUGACGCCGCUGGCGGCGCGCUGGGGCCCCAGGCCUGGCGGGGCUGGGGAAAUUGGGCGGUCUGGGCAGCGGCCCCUGCGCAGGCUCUAUCUGUGCCCGGCGGGGGGCGGCGCAGCAGUACAGUGGUCGCGCGUGGAGGAGGGCGUCAAUGCCUACUGGUUCCGCGGCCUGCGGCCUGGCACCAACUACUCCGUGUGUCUGGCGCAGGCAGGGGAGUCCUGCCAAGUGCAAGUGGUGUUCGCUACCAAGAAGGAGUUGCCUUCCCUGCUGGUUAUCGUAGCGGUGAGCGUGUUCCUCCUGGUACUGGCCACCGUGCCCCUGCUGGGAGCCGCUUGCUGCCAUCUGCUGGCCAAACACCCGGGGAAGCCCUACCGUCUGAUCCUGCGGCCGCAGAUCCCCGAUCCCAUGGAGAAGCGCAUUGCCACUGACUUCGACCCGCGUGCUUCCUACCUCGAGUCCGAGAAGAGCUACCCAGCAGUCGGCGAAACGGGCGGUGAGGAGCCAGAGGAUACUCCCGGGGAUGGACUUGACGAAGACGCGGAGCAGGGGCACUCAGGUGGGGACUUGCAGAGGGAGGAGAGCCUGGCUGCCUGCUCGCUAGUGGAGUCCCAGUCCAAGGCCAACCAAGAGGAAUUUGAGGUGGGCUCCGAGUACAGUGACCGGCUGCCCUUGGGUGCCGAGGCGGUCAACAUUGCCCAGGAGAUUAACGGCAACUACAGGCAGACAGCAGGCUGAACCCCCAAGCCAGCCCUGUACUCCCAGUCUCAACCCCCACCUUGGGCGCCUGGGAACAGAAACCUAGGGCUGGCAGGAUUUAUGCCCCCCCCCUCCCAUUUACUCCGCCCUCUUACCCCCCACUCUUGACACCUGGGGACUUCCAGUGGGGAGUGGAACGAUUUCACUAGUCCCUCGCCACACCCACGAUCAUCAAUGUCCUUGUGGGCUAAAUUCCCUCCGGCAAGCACAGCUCCCUGCUCCUUUCUCCUCAUAUAAGACACUACCGCUGACCGUGAGGCGAAAUCCACGCCUCUCCAUCCCCACGCAUUUAUCUUCGAAAUCUGCCCCGCAGCCCGCCCCACUGUGAGCCCUGGAGCCAGAGUAAAUGGGAAAAGACGUUGGAAACAUCUGGCGGUAACACUGUGGCACGGGGUUUGGUCCCGGACUCCAAAAAGACGUCUCUAGUGUGGAGCACUGUGAGAUCUCCCCUCAACCCCGACUCUGCCCUUUCUGGGGUGCAUGUCCUAGAAGCUAGAGUUUGGUGACAACUCCCUAGUUUUUAGUUUCAAAGCGCUCUUGCGCCUGGGAACCAAACCCUUCUGCUCCCCUACCCCACUCCGCUUCCCAGCUGGAGCUGAGCCAGGUGCCCCGGGCGCCUUUCAGCUCCGCGCUCGGAUUUUCAUGUUCUCCUUGUUUUCAGACAGCGACACUCCGGCUCUGGUGCUAACACUUCUUCCAACCUUUGGGAAAAUUGUGUGUGUGUGUGUGUGUGUGUGUGUGUUGGGGGGCAGGGGACCGUUUUCUCCCGCCCUAACUUAAAGAGCCUACGAACCGCGCACCCUUUUCCCGCAGAGGGUGCAGGCUUGGUCCCCAGCCAAUUUCGUUGUGGAUUGGUUGGGUUUUCCGGAGAUCAGUCACUGGUCAACUCCACUUCCGCUGCUGCUCGGGGCCCAGACUUCAGCUGGAGAAGCGCGGAGGCCAUGAGAAGCAACUGGCCUUUUGGGCGUGCGCCCUGUUUCGCACAAAGCCUGUGCGUAACCUGCAGCGGGAUCCGGACUGGGAAGAGCCCUUGGUCCCUCCCCACCCCGCCCCUCCUUCCAUGACAAUAGUAUUCG